AUGCUUCUACCUAAUACUCCUAUUGAUAUUCAUAAAUAUAUUUUAUUCCUUCUCCUGACACUCUGUUCCUUGUUACACCUUAGCGAGGGUGUUCGAUGGAGAGCCGGAGGAUGCUCUUCUGUCGAUUCUAAAAAACCAUGUUUCUGCUCAGGAACACACAAUGGACGUAGUAUGGCAGGUUCCAUGAAUCGUUUCGAAGACAUGAAGGCCAUGUAUGAGAAUUGUACUCGAAUAUCGGCAAACUUAGAAAUCACUCAUCUCACAGCUGAAACAUUGGGAUGGAAUCGAUCCAUGAUGGCCAAGCCUCUCACCAUAUUCGACCAUAUUGAAGAAGUGAAAGGAUAUAUCUUGAUAUACAACGUUGAUUUAUCUAUUCUAUCUUUCAAGAAUUUAAAAAUCAUUUGGGGUGAUGAGUUGCUGGAUGAGAACACAAGAGAUGGUGCUUUAACAAUCAGCAAUAACCAUAAUUUGAAGGAAGUUCUGAUGCCAAACCUUCGAACUGUCGAGAAAGGGAACAUACAUAUAGAGAACAACACUUUCCUCUGUUAUUUGAGAGACAAGGUUCUUUGGGAUGAAAUAUUAAAUUAUGAAGACUCGCGUCUGAUCGCUCGUCCGAAUGGCUUCAGACAAUGUGAUCACACAAAACUGGCAAGCAAUAUCAAGUGCAGUCCAGCUUGUGAGAAGGACCACUGCUGGAGUCGGGACGCUUCUCAAUGCCAGAAACUUUACCGAACGAUUUGUCCAGAAAAAUGCCAUUUAUCAAAGCAAUGCUAUCGUGUAAGAGAUACGGACGAUUACGACUGUUGUCAUGCUACUUGUGCCGGAGGCUGCACAGGUCCAACUGCACAAGACUGUUUGGCUUGCAAAGAGAAUUCAUACAAUGGAGUAUGUGUAUCGAAAUGUCCCGAACUCAUGGUUUAUGAUAGAAGAACAGCAACACGAAUCCCUAACCCCAACGGAACAUAUUUAUAUGACCGCUAUUGCGUUGAUAAAUGCCCAGACCAUUUAUUAAUCGAUGGGGAAACAUGUGUUCGACAUUGCUCUAUUGGUAAACAUCAUGAUAUGACAAAAGAAACACGAGAAUGCGAAAAAUGCAAAGGAGAAUGUCCGAAAGUUUGUUACGUUGAUCACCCGUUGACUGGCUCAAUCCUAAGGAAUCUGGUAGACUGUGAAGAGAUUGAUGGUUUCAUCGCUAUUUUAGAUUCUAAGAUGAGUUCAUCGGACGGAUACAGUGUUGAAGAUCUGUAUGCUCUGAAAUCAGUUCGAAUGAUAUCCGAGUAUAUCGUCAUCAGCACUGUACAUCUGUCUCCAAGGAACUUAUCGUUUCUAGAGAAUCUGGAGUUUGUGGAAGGACGUCAGCUAUCGAAUCGUCGUUACGCAUUAGAAAUAACUAAGAACGAUCUGUUGUCAUCGUUAGAUUUGAAAAGCCUGAAGACCAUCAAAAACGGACAUGUCAUCAUAGCUGAGAAUGUGGGACUAUGUUAUGUAGAUUCCGUCAACUGGUCCACAAUUUUAGCUAAUAACUCAGUCGCUAAGAUAAGUGAAAAUCAAUACCCGGAUCAAUGUGCGAAACGAGGAAAGCAGUGUGACAGUAUGUGCGAUUCUAAAUACGGUUGCUGGGGCAAAGGGCCAGGUAAAUGCCUGAAAUGCAGUGACUGGUCUUUGGAUGGAGUCUGUAUUCCAAGCUGUCCCAAGUUGGGAUACUAUCAGAAUGUAUCUUUGAAACAAUGUUUACCGUGUCAUGAAAACUGUCGGGAAUGCCUAGGUCCCAGCGAAUCGGAGUGUCUAUCUUGCAAACAGUUCUCACUCUUCGAUGAAACAUUUGGAAGUUUACAAUGCUUGUCUGAAUGUCCUGUAACUCAUUUUGGUCAGCAUGGUCAGUGUCUUUCAUGUCAUCCGAGCUGCCAAGAAUUCGGAUGUACGGGUGUUGCCGACUUCUUGGGCGAAGGGGGUUGCAAUAAAUGUACUUUUGCACUGAUCGACGAAAACAAAAACGUUGUGCGCUGUUUGUGGGGUUCAGAACACGAUAUUUGCCAAGAAAAUAAUUUGACAAAUUAUUUCGGAGCUCUGACUCCUAUCAUAGAAGGAGUAGAGAAAUCUUAUUGCGAGAAAUGUAACGAUGAGUGUACGACGUGUCGUUUCGGAGGCAAUUCAGGCAAACACGAUGAAUGUCUUUGCAAGAACUAUCUUGUGAUCGAAAGAAACGAAUCUCAUUGUCACUCGGAAUGUACCAGAACCACGUAUAUGACGAAGAAGAAAGAAUCCAAUGCAUAUGGAAUAUGUGAAGAAUGUCAUCAGUUCUGUGACCGUAACUAUGGUUGCGUUGGUGGAGCCGCAACAGAUUGUGCUCGUUGUGCCAAAGCGUCAAUUACUGUGAAUGAGACAAACGUAUGCCUUGCCGAAUGUCCCAUAUCAGCACCAUUCCUGGUUGAACCCGAAAUGACAUGCCAUAAGACUGAUAUUGAAAAAGCAAAGCGUCAACGUUUUUAUAUUUUUUUGACUAUGAUAGGGAUUAGUUUUCUCUUGGCCAUCGUUAUCAUAGGGGUGGUUUCUAACAAAAGCAGAAGAAUAAACAGCCGUUUGAAGAGGGAAUUGUUCGAAAAUGCUCCAACACUACCUGAGAGUAUUGAAAUGGAUCCAAGUUGCAGACCAAACUUGAGCAAAGUACAAAUCAUUCCCAUGUCAGAUCUGCAGGCAAAGAAUAAAGUGCUAGGGGAAGGGCAUUUCGGAGUAGUAUACGCGGGUUACUAUUUCCCUAAAGGAAUUGCCAGAAACGAAAAGUUACCCGUUGCCAUCAAACUACUUCGUAGUGUUUCACCUGAACAGGAUAAGCAAGUUCUUGAAGAAGCAGCCACAAUGGCUAGACUACGACACCAGAACUUAUUGGGCCUGGUUGGUGUUUGCUUGAGUCCAGAUGGAAUCCAAUUGAUAACUUUACUUCGGCCGUUAGGAUGUCUGCUUGACUUCUUGAGGAAGCAUAAGAAUCAUUUAUCCGGGAAGGAUCUUUUAUCAUACUGCUACCAAAUAUCUUGUGCCAUGAAGUAUCUCUAUGAUAACCGGAUCGUUCACUUGGAUCUGGCUGCUAGAAACGUACUUGUGAAGAACGCUCAACAUGUGCAAGUUACUGACUUUGGUUUAUCCAAGUUAUUAAACUAUGGGGAGAACAAAGUAGAAAGAAAAGGAAAGGUCGCCUUCAAAUGGACUGCCUUGGAAGCUCUAACAACGAACAGCUUCAGUCACGCUACUGACGUCUGGGCAUUUGGGGUGACGUGUUGGGAAAUUUUGACAUUUGGACAGAGUCCAUACCAAGGAAUGGAUUCGAAUAGUCUUGUGAGAUACUUGCAGAAUGGAAAUCGGUUGAGCCAACCAAACAAUUGUAGUAUAGAAGUUUAUCAGCUUCUCAUCCAAUGUUGGGUUGUCAACCCCGAAUCACGUCCCACAUUCCUUUUACUUAGCGAUCGUUUCCGAGAGUUCUGCAGAGUUCCCACGCUGUAUGUAGUCUUAAACACGAGUUCAAUACAAGGAGAGCUUCAUGAAGGUAAUCAGAUAGAUCUGAUCCGUGAAAUAUUCUCGGAUUCUGAUUCACAAUUCGAUGAUCAAAUCAUGAAUCCCGAAGACUAUAACUCUUUGAAUUUGGAUUCCCCUUCACCUUUCCAAAAUCCUGCACCUCGUAACAUAAGGCGUAAUACUUCCAGUGGUUCAAGACGGUAUCAGCCUGAUCCUGUAUCCAGACCAAUGUUAGAUAACGUUUCGGAGGAUAUUCAAGAAUACCCAGGAGGAGAGUAUCUGGUACCGAUACUCAAGAGCAAGGGACAACCAGAUGCAACCAUGUAUACAGCAGUUGUUAGUAGUGAAGGUGAACCAGAGUUGAUAAAUCCACAUGACUACUACAAUUGGACGAAUGGACCGAACCAUGAUUACUAUAAUUGCGCCACCUCAGAAAAUAAGAAGGAGUCUGAUGUCCCUGUUGACAAAGAAAGUUGUUUAUGA